AUGGCGGGCGCGGCGCCGACGCUGGCGGCGCUGUUGAAGGCGCUGCGACGUGCUGAGACAGCCGCCGCAGCCUCCAGCGCCAUGGAGCAGGCUGUGGACCGUCUCAUCGCCAGCGCGUCGCUCUCCGAGUCGCAACACCUCGUGCUCGGGAUGCAAGACUGCACCAGGGACCAUCACUCUGCCCCGUUCACUGAAAGUUUGUAUACCAAGCUUCAACAAGCGGCCGCAAUUUGUCCCGAGCCUUCCGGCAAGGCGCAAUACCUCGGCUUCGUGCUGCUGCAGGCGGGCGUCCACCUCCUGGAGACGCUUGAGGUGUCCACCCAGCGUCAAGUGCUGCUGAAGGUGUUUAACGCCAACAACGGCGUGCUGUCCGGCUACGUGGCGGCGCUCACAGCUUCAGAUGGACCCUUUUUGAGUUCUCACGUGGAGUACAGUCGCGUCAAGAAGACACUUGAAAUAGUAUCACCUGUCCUCAAAUGUGUCCUCAUGGACACGAAGCAGUCCGAAGGACACAAGACCGCUGUGCUGGAUGCACUGAGUCGCAUCGCCUGGCACUUUGAUGGACAGUCUGAGGACUACGAAGCCGUGAUGACAGCCGUGGUCCACGCCCUCGUGCAGGCGCUGGAGCUCGUGCCCCACUCGCAGCUUCCUCAAGCGUCCUACGCGGUCCACGUCGGGUUGACAGUCGAUCUGCUGAGCUCUCUGACUGCGCACAACAAGGAACAGGUGGCGCUGGCCAAGCGAACGGCGAAGUUUGUGCUCGAGUCGACGCAGGUUUUGAUCGGAAAGGGCGAGGGCGUGCUGGCUCUGCUGCAGUCGCUGGAACAACUGGCUCAAGCUGUGCCCGAGGCGCUCUGGUGCUCGGUGUUUCUUACGUCCAGCGCGUAUUUCCUGUUGGACAAGUGCGAGACGCCAGUGGAGCAGCGACUGAUGCUGCGGCGUGAUGUCUACGUGGAGAUUCUUUUGCUGCCACUUUCGUCAAUGAUUUCGCUGCAUGGCAGCGCUGUGUCGGACCUGCUCAAGUUGGUGAUGGAGAUCAAGUCGUCGAGUAAGUACCGUGCUCAGAAGGAGAUUGAACAGGACUAUGCCCCAACGGAGACUUCGGCCCACGCACGUUCGGCUGUGCGGCUAAUGAGCGACGAAGGAGGGUGUCAGCGCUGGUUAAACUCCCUGUUCCAGUCGGAGGGUGCGGCAUCUUCCGACUCCACGAACAACUCAACAGACAAAUGGUUAGCUCUUCUUUUGGUGGCUCUGCUCUCUGACGAACGGUCUACUCUUCGUGGCAGCGCGGCUAAAUGCCUGGAACGGCAAGUCAACAGCAGCCCGAAGUUUUGGGGCGCCGACUCGACGAAGGCGCUAGUAGCGAGUCUUGUCUUCCUCGUGUCGCAGCAUCCUUUAGGAAAUGGCAAGACAGCGUCAACACGAGCUUUCGGUGAGUGGAUGGCUUCGUGUUUGUACUCGCUGGCGGCGCUGGCUGCCACUACGACAGACACGAUGCGAAUUGUCCUUCGUCUGAUCGAUAGCAUGAACGGAACUGCGAAAAUGCGGUCGAUGGCGCUCAAACUCAUGUACGAAGUGUGGCGGAACGAGUCCCGAGUGUUUCCUCGACUGGAGACAAUGCUGCUCGAGUCCACUGACCCCGAGGAUGACGUAGAGCGCCAUGUGAUCAAGAUGGCGACCAUCAAAACGCUUUGCGAAAAGGACCCCGAGCUCGGCGUGCAGUUCAUUUCGUCCAUUCAAGGGUUCGUGGAAGACCAGCUGGAGUCGGUUGUUUCCAUGGCGAUGGACGCUAUCACGGUGUUGUGUGGAGGAGAUUGUUUGGACUUUUACGUAGCGUUCAAGAUUAUUGCUCAAAAGAUGCGCAAGAACAAGGUGACCUGUUCUGAUGGACCCCUCUUCCAAGAGCGCCUGUGCUGCUUCUACGCACUUGGCGGUGCUGAGAGCGCAGCUAAUGAAAAACACGCGUCGAAGCUGCUUGACCAGGCCUGGGAGUUCGCGGACAGCGAGUACCCCAACGUGCGUAAAGCUGCUUAUGCGGCAUUGUGCAAGUUCCCUCUCGAUAUGCUGGGACUGAGCAUGCCAGCGGAUGGCCAAGAUAGCGACAAUGAAGAUCGAGUGACGGAGGAAGAGGUCGAGGAGCAACUCGAUGACAUGCUCCAACGUCUUCAAAACGAACACGAUUCCUCUGUUCGCGUCGAGAUUGAAAAUCUCGUGGCAAAGGUUAUCGAGCAUGAGAGCGCGAAGCUAACUGCUGGGGUUGGACGAGGACAGCGGAUGGCAUCGGCUGCAGCAGGGCAGCAAACCUCGCAGCAAACAGGACCAGUUGUUUCAGCUGCUGCCACCAAGGAGAUGAAGGCGCUAUUGCCGUCAAGAACGGAGGUGCAAGCCCCGACUACUAGCGAUUGGAGUGGCUUCUUGUUAGCUUAUCAACCAAAUGCGGUGAUUGAUGCGAAGAACGUCAAGCGGAAGGACAAACUUGUCCGCUUGGCCACGCAAAACGUGGACGAGUUGGUAGAAACUGUCUCAACUGUAUUGCAGUCGAUGGAGCUCCCGUGGACAUCACCUGGAGUAUCAGCGGAUGAAAGAUGCAGUACAUUCUUGCGCAUUCAAGCCUUGAUGGAAGGGUGGAGAGGCUUUAUGGCAACGUUUGCAUUGUCGUUGGAUGAGCUGGCGGAUCUUAAGACUCCGGUUGGUGUCGAUGACGCCGAUGUUGCGUUCCGUGUGUUCUCGGAAGGCGUGGCCGAUUUGAUGAAUUCACUUCUAAACGAUAACCCAAACAAAAUUGGAGGCGCAUUGGCCGCCGGCGCGCUUGCUGGACGGUUGUGUGAAUCGAGGCACUGGCAGAACCCCCAAUUGCGCACGAAGUACGAAGAAGCGGUGGGGGAGCUGUCUCGUCGACUGGCAUUGUCAAUGGAGCAGGCCCGAGUGUUUUCCGGUGACGACAGUGAUGCUCGCGUGUCGUCUAUUGGUUCUUUGAUAGCGCUCCAGCUCUCGUUUGGCCGGCGGAAGGUUGAUGCGAGUGAGAGGAGCAAGAACUUCUGCCUUCAGCUGGAAAAGAUCGAAGAAAUGUUUAUGGAGUUGUAUCGAAACACCUCUGACCAGCUCUUGGGUUCCUGUGCUCUGUUGGGACUUAGUCACAUUGCUGCAAUUUACACGAAUGGAGACGAGCUGGAGACCUUCGAGGUGAUUCGAUGGAGGCAGCAGCGAGUAAAGCCGAUCGCCGACGGUCUUCUCAUGUCGUUCCUACUCACUGACCAGGCGAAGCAAGCAAUGUCUUCGUCAUCCUGUGCUACCAUAGUGUUCCCUCUUGACGAUAAAAACGGACCAGACUCCUCCAUCGAGAAGGUUGCUGCCGAGUAUGACCAAGGUGGCUCAAGUGAUGCCAUUUUGCUGCGAUGGGUGUCAUUGGUGGGGUUAUCGCGCUUGGCGAGUGGGUUCUCAAGCAUCAGGCGCUUGGACUGGCUGACUAAUCUACAAAAGGCUCUUGCAGCUGUGUGGGAAGUAGACAGCUCCGCCAGCACGAUAGCUGUCGCGCUUGGACCGGUGCUACUGGAAUGUGUGCACUAUAAUUUGGCUCCCUCGUCCAGCCUGGAAAUUUUUGCUGCCUGUUGCAUUGAGCGCGCUGCCGCUUUUGCCGCAGAUAGCCUUGACAAGGGGUUGCUAAUGAUGGCAGCUGCUCAUGUACUGUGCCAUUUCGAAUCUCUUGGGGGCUUUCCUGACACUAUUCAGAACCAAACCAAGCUGGUUGUCGAGGCGAUUCAAAGAACGCUUGAAGGUGAGAGCGGGCAAGAUCACGCGGUACGCGCGUUGAUGCAAAAACUGGAUGCGAAUGUGGAGCUUACGCUGGAUUCCAACACGAUCCGCACCCUAGUCAAGAUGGCUCAAGGGGAGAAGGAGCGUGGCUGCGUUUACUCGAGCGCAGUACUUGGAGCUAUCGCGCGUGCAGCCGAUGGGUUCUACGUCUCGCAAAAGAAGAAAUCGUUCGACGUUGAGGUCCGCUCUGUUCCAACUAACACGAUGCUGUCGAAGACGCUCGAGUGGCUUCGGCAAACGAAUCCAUCGGUUGGCUCGUCGAACACCGACACUAUCACAGACAACCAGAUAGCAGAAUCCCUGCUGAGUUGUCUGACAGCGACGGGGUCUGUGCUUCCGCUGCUCGACUAUUCGUCUUUUACGCAUCGCGUGAUGCUGCGGUUCUGCUCUGCUAGCACCAGCGUUGCGUCCAUUCGAUUCGCUGCUACCCAAGGAAGUUGCGAUGAGCUUUUGACGAGCGAGUUGCUGUCAGGCACGUGGUUUGCGAAUGCUGACAGUACCCUCCAGGCCGAACUGAUCGCGUCGCUGUCCCUAGCAGCUAAUCGUCUCCCCACUGACGUUCUCCGGGCUCUUUUGAUGAAUCUCUUUGACAUUCUCAAAGACAUUUGGCGCCGCGAUACGUCGAGCAGCACUAGCGUCUUGCUCUUCGACAGCUGGACGGGUAUGCUGCGUGAUGUGUUGACCUCCUCUCGUCGUAUCCCAGAGGCCUCACUGGACAUGGUGAACCAGGUUAUUCGCGAGAAAGUGGUCGCGGAACUUCCGUACGGCCUGCAUGAUGCGCUUUACGUCGAGCAGUUCGCAACGCGCGUUCUAUCAAAGCUGGACUACGGCGAGCGCAACAUUGCAGACACUUUUUUUAUGCCGUCUGUGUCAAACUCGACGUGGAGUUGGUGGAGAAACGGCGUGUUCACUGUCGAGCUGGCGAAGCUAGGCGUCCUGACCAUUUCGAAACGCGAGGCGUCUUUGGCCUUCCAGUGGAUUUUGCGUCAUGACUUUGAAGAAUGGACGGACGACAACCUCGUGGACACUUACCUGCAGCCGCUUAUCGCUCGGAUCGGCGCUCUUAUCGCUCAACACACGCGGCCGGGAGAAAAUGUUUCUGCGCUUCUGGAUGUCGUCGACGCGUUCAGCCGAGGUAUGUCGUCCCUCAACUUCUCUAUCCGCUCGGACUUCUUCAAGCGCCGCGUCCUAUUUGACGCGAUGGCGUGCGUUAUGUCGUGGAAUUCGUCGUUGAGUCAUGAACGGUAUCUGAUGGACAUCCCACGAGCUGAGAUCGCAAAGAUGGACACGGCAAGCGACUUGCUUCCGUUUGGAUUGAUAGCGUCGGCUCACAGCGCGAAGACGGUCUCGGCCAUUGGUGAACGACUGCUGGCACUGCAGCAGCAGUUGGCCAAUCUGACUGCGAACGAGGCGAGAGAGUAUUCUGCGACCCUGGACGUGUGCAGUCGGCAGAUGUACGUUGCAGCGGAGAGCUGGCAUAUCCCGAGCACGAUGCCCGGAGAGAUCCGAGAGUUUUGGAGCCUCAGCGACGCAAACUGA